UAGAGAUAAUGACAACUCGAGUAGGUCAACUGUGGGUCACUCGAAGGGUCAACUGCAAGUCACCCAAAGAGUUAACUGUGGGUCACCUGAUGGGUCAACUGUCAAGUCACCUGGAUUAACUAACAGGCAAACUGAUAAAUCUAUACUAAGCUU